AUGGAUGCGUCGGCGGUAUUAUCGAUGCCGCCAAUAACCGCGCCCCAAAAAUCAGCACAGUCGCCGCAGCCGCAGUCGCACUCGAAAUCCAAUCAGGAGUUACAGGUGAGCACUGUUUCCCUCUACGGAAUCCACAUCGUCUCUCUGGUGAUCGAGGGUCAGGAGAGGCUCUGUUUGGCCCAGAUCAGCAACACGUUGCUGAAACAGUUCAGCUACAACGAGAUUCACAAUCGCAGAGUAGCAUUGGGCAUAACCUGUGUGCAAUGCACCCCUGUCCAGUUGGAGAUCCUCCGUCGGGCAGGUGCGAUGCCGGUCUCCUCCAGGAGAUGCGGCAUGAUUACUCGAAGGGAAGCCGAGCGUCUCUGCAAAUCGUUCCUCGGCGACAACGCGCCGCCCAGACUGCCGGAGGACUUUGCCUUCUCCGUGCACCACGAGUGCGCCUGGGGUUGUCGGGGCGCCUUUCUGCCCGCGCGUUACAACAGUUCCCGGGCAAAGUGCAUCAAGUGUGCCUACUGCGGCUUGUUCUUUUCGCCGAAUAAAUUCAUCUUCCACUCGCAUCGGAUCGGCCCGUCGGACAAAUACGUCCAGCCAGACGCGGCGAACUUUAACUCGUGGCGGCGUCAUAUGAAGCUGUCCGGCAAUCCGCCGGACGAGGUGGUGCACGCCUGGGAGGACGUCAAAGCGAUGUUCAACGGCGGGACGAGAAAACGAUUGCUUAAUAAUCCGACUUCAAGAGAAUCGCACAGCCCGGCCAAACAGCCGAGAUCAUCCCCCACUCAAAUACCCACCCUUGUACCGUCACCUACGCACCCUCGGGUGCCUCCAUUCCCAGAAUUGCCUUUGCCUCUGUCGAGAAGCCUCGUUAUGGACUACGUGUGGCAUCAGCAUCAGCAGGCUGCAGCCGUCGCUGCAGCGAAAACACCUGGAUUCCCUUUUUCACCCUACGCUCUGCCUUGGCUCGCCAAGAGAGGACCAGUGCUGUUUCCCGCACCUUUACCACCAUCAAUAAGUGGUUCCAGUCCAACGGAACCAUUGAUACCGACGGUGAACCCAUCGUUACAUCAGUCUGCCUUCCAUCCUGUUAUUCGUGGACCACCGAUUGUUGAACCAGUGGCCCAAGAACAACCAGCAGACGCUUCCGUUGUCAAUAAAGAAGAUAAUUCUGACGACGAAGUGGAUAUUGAAACAACGGAAGACGAUCCGGUGACACCUUUAAAUGCUACCACUCCGAACCUUCAUUCGGUUUCGAAUUCAGCUACCAGCAGUCACAGUGGUCGCAAUUCGCCACAGUGCUGGAGUCCUCCUCGAGAAACGGAACGAGAAGCUGAGAAAAUUGCAGAGGAAGCGGCAGCCAUACGUGAUACCAAACCGGAACUCCAACCUGCAAGGAGUCCCGGAAGCUGGCAAGGAAAUAACUUUUAUCGACAUCUGAAUGCAAUAAAAGGAAACGAACCGACGGAGAGAACAAGCUCGAAUUGUUCCGCUUGCCAUCCACGAGGAAUAUUUUACGGUCAGAUCCAUAGCCCGUCUGCGUCCACUAAUUAA